GGAUAUUUUGGCCCAGGACUUCUAACCUUUGACCCUUUGUUAAACUGGCUAAGCCAUGCACAGGGUUGGAAUUUGGAUUCUUGGCUGACCUUAUCCCAACACUACAGCACUGACUGUCAUCAGCAAGUACAUGUACAUUCAUACGUGUACAUGUAAGCACACUAUGACUGGAUUGCCUACAUGUGCCUGCAAGACUGUAAAUAUUGAGAGUAAACCACCACGUACACAUGAGCUAGGAUCCACACCAAGCAAAUGUACAGCCUCACUACAGCUUUCUAAUAAUGAGCCAUGGGCCGGAUUCUGAGAUUUUUGGUGGGUGGUGUCAUUUGUCUCUGUCUGCAAGGGCUUGCUAGCGCUGCUCUUCCCCCCUGUGUCAAAGUCGAUGACUGCUCUUGUAAAACAAUAACUGAUAGUGGGGAACAAGCUAUUAACAUCCGGAGGUUGGGCAGCCAGGAUGAAGCUGAAGCUCCGAGGUUUGGCUUUAAGCAGUAUAAUCCAGCUGAGCCCUGGGAGUAUGCUUACAAUCCAUGCUACCCUUGGUCAGAUGGGACAACCAACUGUAAAGAUGUCGUGGUUUGCCAAAGAUCAGUCUAUCAUCCUGACCAAACCUUUGGUCUUGGGGAUGCCAGCGCAAACUGGACAGAUGAUGGAACACACUAUUACAUUGUUCAUACCCACACCACAAGGACGACUUAUAUUAAGUUGCGCUGUGACGCAAGUGCCAAAACACCAAAGUUUGAUUACUACAAAGAUCAGUCGAGUGAAUAUACUUUCACGCUUACAACAGAGUGUGCCUGUCCAGGGACUUGUCACUCCCUUCCACCCACUGCACCUCCACCUACAGGAAGCAUGCCCUCUACCCUUAGCAUUGGCUCAAUCCUGUGUGUUGUAGCGUCUGUGUUGUUACUUGUCUAUGCGGUUGGUGGUGUGCUCUUCAUGAAGUGUGUCCGUCAUGCUGAGGGGAUGGAGGUUGUACCCAAUAUAGAUAUUUGGACCAGUCUGUUCCGCAACAUCAGAGAUGGAUGUGUCUUCGUCUUCUCUUGUGGGAAGAGAUCUGGUUACGGUGCAUCAUAUACCAGAGCGGUUGAGCAAGAUCCCAAUAACAGUAACACCUUGUAAUGAUUUCCCAAGCUGUUCUAAUGAUGUGCUUUCACUUUAGCUGUAGAAUGUGUUGACUAUUAAAAGUUCAAAAUGUGCA